UGGAAGGUGUUCAAGGAAGUCGUUCACACUCUUUUCUUUUUCAACCUCUGAUAUCGCGGCUGGACGGGUCGACAUCAGCGCAGUACUGGUAUAAAAAAACCCUUGAAUCGGAUUGACUCGCAGGGGUUGUAACGAGUACAAUAUUGCACUGCCUCCUCUAUUGUCGUUGCUCGAAAAUCGGGCCUCACAAACUUCAUCAAGCUCGGAUUCUGUAUCUGUAAUUUCAACCAUGCCGCAGACACGCGCUCAAACUACAACAUCCUCUCCUGUACAUGUUUCUACUGCACCUACGACUAAUUCUUCGCCGUCCCGUGCUUCGCCAAAUACGCGUUCCAGGGGACCGGCAUCGGGAGAAGCGAUUACCGCGCAACCCCGCGUUCGUACACCGUUGACGAUUCGUUUGCCUAGAGCAGCUCUUGUCGGGCAUCCAGCUUUUUUAGCCACAAAUAACGCUUCUGCAGCAUCUGUUACUGCUAUUGCUGCUGCGUCUGCUGCAGCUGCAGCUGCCGCCGCCGCUCCUAUUCCUACCUCCUCUAUACGCUCGUCAUUAUCUGCGCCUGCACCUUCGCCUGCACCACCGAUACGAGCACCACCCCCGACGCCAUCCAAUGUAUCCAAACCUGCGUCCACCUCCCCUGCACGGCCUAUUCUACCUGCGCCUACGCCAGUUACAUCUGCGCCAACGCCUACACCUGUAUCAUCCACGCGCGUAGCUGCUCCACCCAUUUAUACCUUUUCCUCCACCCCCUACCUCCUCCCAAUCACCAAUGCAGCAGCAGCGCCGUCACCUCUGUCUAGGCAGCCCGUUCCAAAUCCGCUCUUGUCUCCCGCAUUAACAAACGCCCCAGCUUCCACUUCACCGCGCCCUCCUACACCUCCCACGUCAUCGGACGGUCCACUCCCCACAUCUUCAUUAGCUCCUCUACGUUCUGCUCGUCGCAUGCAACCAAUGGUUUCUGCGGCAAAGCAAGCUAGUCGAGAAGCAGCGCUUGCUGCCGGUCAGUCUCGACCUGCGCCUGCCUCUCCUCAGGCUCAAUAUCCCACUCCGUCUUCAGCAGGAGCAUUGCCUUCGCCAGCUUCUAAUGCAGAUAUUGAGUCUGACUAUGCUGCCGACCCAAUGGAUGUGGAUAUGGAAAUGGAAAGCAUAUCAACCAUGAAGAAUGGUCGAAAUAACUCGACAGCUCCAAAAACGUCAGAGAAGCAUCGCGAAGCAAAUAAAAAGUACAGACAACGGCUGAAGGAAAGAAUAAAGAAUGGCGAGAUCGAUGAAAUUGAGGCUGAAAGAAUGAAAGAGAGAAAACGCACCAAUGCCCGCAAUUCUCGCAUUCGAAGGAAACUGGCGAUGAGUGAAGCAGCUAAAGACAGCACCUCCAUGUCAAGUGUUGAACCAGGUCUCCAUUACGGUCCUGGCACCGAAUUGUUUCCUGUUCCGCCUGUCGACCCAUCUCCAUCCGCAGGCGAUUUCCUCCUAUGCAUGCCCGAAACCAAUCCACCCGCAGGGUCCUAUUACUCCACCACCUUCCACGAAAUCCUCACCAGAGCUAGCAACCUCACAAGCGGAAGCAGUGACGGCGCAAGCAUCACCCACCCUCACUUCGAGCCCGACAGCGCCAGUCUAUCAAUGAGCACUCCCGCUCUCUUCCCAACUACCAAAUCCCGAGAUCUCCGCGACGCAUGUACAAUGACAGAUUCCACCCCAGACUCUCCAAAAGAAAACGAAAGCUAUGCAUCCCUCGAACCCAUAGCACCAGCUCUGGCCCGUCGUCCGCAUAGACAGCUGACCCCCGAACGUCUGCGCCAUCUCGAGACUCAUCCGUUGGAGCUUAUCGAUAAGGCAUUCCUCCUUAUCGUCCCUGAUCCGAGUAGCAGCCUUGGAAAGUUGGUGUUGUGUAAAGUGAUUGAGCAUAGGGUGUCGGCUGCUGGACAUCGGUUUCUCGUGCAGUUUUGGGGGGAUAAGAGGGCUAGUGAGAUGGGGGUCGAGAGGAUGAUGGAGGUGCUUUGUGGGGGGUAUGAGAUCGAUCCUCCGCCUGUUGGUGGUAAUGGUGGUGAUGGAUCUCAGGGGGUGGGGUUGGCGGGGAGGGUGUUUGGUGCGCUGCGUUCGUUUACGGGGUUGUAG